AUGUUUCGUCAUUCCAUGGUUUGCCUGGCAUACUACGAUGAGGAUGGUGACUGCUUGCAGCGCCGCAAGGAGCGAUACCUCGAUGAGAUGACCAAGCAGGUUGGAGAGGUCCUGCUCCGUGCCACUACUCAGGCCCAGACACUGUGUGGCAUGCUCUCAGCUCAGCUGGAUGAGAAGGUGGGUGAGCAUGUCCGCCGCAUGCAGCGCAUAUUAGAAGAAGUGGAGAAGCAGGCCGAAAAGUCUGACAGCAAAGAUGUCGAUGAACUGUACAGUCGGUUGGCAGAACUCAUGGUGCUUUGCUCAGUGAUAACCUUUGUUCAGUGUGUUCAGUGUGUCCAAAAUCAUCCAAAAUCCGUGUUCUCCGACUGCGGUCUUGACAUGAGACAAUAG